AUGGUACAAUACAGACUUUUAUACGGAGAUGGCCGUGGCUUAGCUGAACCGGCUCGUAUGCUCUUCAACUACGCAAAAGUUGAAUUCGAAGAUGAUCGAUCGACUACUCUGGCUAAUAUCGACCAAAUCCGUCACGGUAAUCUGUUUUAUAAACUAAGAUCUUUUAGUGUUAAUUUUUUAUUAAAACUUAUUUUUUAAAAAUAAACAGUUUCUGUUGUUUAUUUACUAAUUAUUACAGAACUGCCAUUCGGCCAAGUCCCAGUGCUAAUAAUUGAUAAUAAUGUUCGAAUUGCCCAAAGUAAAGCCAUAUUUCGUUUUCUUGGUCGAAAGUUUGGUCUAGCAGGUAAAGAUGAAGUAGAAGAAGCUUUGGUUGAUAGCUACGGAGACUUCUUGGCUGACCUGAUUACUAACACUACCAAUGAAGUUAGUGCUGAAGACGCACAGAGUUACAUUGAAAAUAAGUGGGAGAAUUACUUGGACAAGAUUGUUGAGGUAUGUUUUAUUUUUUUAAUUGGUGCAAAAUGCAUAAAAUUGCUUUUUAACCUAGAAAAGUUUUAUUUAUGCGUUUAAAAAAUUUUAUAGUUUUAAAAGUUUUUAAAAAUAUUUUGCAAAUUUCAAAAAGUAUUUCUUCAGGCUUCUGGAACUGGAUUUGUAGCGAAAUCAGGUGUUACAUGGGUCGACUUUUUGAUGGCAAACUUCUAUGAAAACUCAGUCAAAAGCGGAAAAGACUACAUUGCUAACAUCAAGAACUUGAAGGUAAUUCAUGAUAACGUCAACAACCUACCACAACUUAAAGAAUACUUUUCUAAUCGCAAAGAAACUCAAUAUUAA